CGCGACGCGCACUAGAUCUUGACGCGACGUUUGGUUUAAGCAAACAAGUUUACACAGCUUUCUGCAUCAGAGAUCCAACCACAACACUCUAGCGAGCUCACUUCUACUCUUCGUAGUAUUUUCAGUCGAAUCUCGUCCAGGCAUUCAGAGGCAUCUGGAACUCCAGUCUAAUUUACACCUGAGAACUGAACCGUUUUGAAGUAGCUGGUGGGGACAGUCUCAUCGGCGUCAGCAUACAUGACACCAUUCCGCGACUCGACUGUCAUUAUCAUCGAAGUGGGCCGCACAGAGAUUAGGGCUGGGUUGGGUCUUCAUGAACUGCUCAAAACGCCGUCGGUUGAAUUGAAGGCACGCGUCGGUUUACCUCGUGACGCGUCGUCGAGUAGCACAGACGCGAAUGAACAACGCGCUUAUGCUGUAAAGGACUACAUUUUGGGGACUCAACUCGACGAGGCUCUAGCAUCUGACCCUGAUAUGAACAUAUUCUGGCCAUUUGCGGACGGAGAAGUCAAGGACUGGACCCAAGCCGAAGCCAUCUGGAAGUAUGUCCUCUUCAACCAGCUUCAACGCCGCAGGGUCCAGAAUGAAUCUCCCGUGCUGCUCUCACUACCCGCUGGGAUGACCACACGAGAUUCGUGUGAGCGAAUCGGUCAGAUAUUCUUCGAGCGUUUCAAUGUUGCAGGAUUUGGCAUCCUGGAUCGACCCAUCGGGCAAAUAUACGCUGCCAAUACUCUCAGCGGUAUUGUCGUCGAUAUUGGAUAUCAUGUUACCGACAUAACACCCAUCUACGAAGGCUUCGUUGUGCAGCAGGCUCGCACAUCUACCAAAGUGGGAACGCGGGACUGUCUUGAUUACCUCGCCUUCCUUCUGCGGUCGAACUCGUCUGUGAUGUCCGUCCUAUCUCCUGCGGACGCGCCCCUGGACCCUGUGGAACUUAACAAGAAACUGCUCGAGCUUGUGGACUUCAUUUGGAAAGAGGGCUAUGUCAAAGUGCCUUCGGAUGGCGAAACUGCUGGUGGAGAAGAUGAAGGCGUGACCGACAUCGCAGCUGUUAUUGUGGCCGGGAAGGAGCGUGCCUUGAUCGAGAGUGGAAUGAAAAAGCGAGCAACGGCCAAGGCGUCAGCCGCAGAGCAGCAGAGAGCACGCGAGAUGGAAGCCAUGGAUCUCAUCACGGUCGAAUUCCAAGGCAAAUCAUUGACAUUGGGCAAGGAGCGACAUCGAAUGUGUGAGCCGUUAUUUGAUCCUUCUUUGAUGCGGAUCGUGGCGAGCAAUGUCGACCCAACUCGGGGGAAGGCUCAAUUGCAAUGGGCUUUGCAAGACGCUGUUGGUCAUUCCAUCUCUCAGGCUGACGUCGAUCACCGUCCUUACAUUUGGAAUGGGAUCUUUGUUACGGGUGAAUUGACCCGUCAUGUGAAAGGGAUCGGAGUUGCUCUCCAGUCUCGGGUUUCCCCGUACAUCGCGAAUCCCGACUUGCAAACGGACGUUCAGGCGCGUUCAGCCAAGAUCCUGAGCUUACCCGAAUAUUUUCCUGAAUAUCGGGACACCGGGAACAAUUUCGCCGCGUUCUUGGGCGCCAGUAUCGUUGCCAAGAUAACCUUCAUCAAUGAACCUCAAUCGAAAAACUUCGUGUCGAAAGCUGACUAUUCAAGCAGGGGCCCUCGGUCCGUAAUCGAAUUAGCUCCUACACUAUUCUAGCCAAUGUUGUAGCCUGGAUAAACUGUACACUCUUUGUAUCGGUUUUUUACCUUCUUC